ACCCAAUCAGCGGCGCUCUCUGUCGCAGAUGAUUGAAUGUUGCUGAUGCACAUCCACUUUUUCUGAAGCUACAGAAACACUGCCUCGAUUUUAUUUCUAACGCCCACUACUAGUCCCUCACGGUCGUAUUCAGAAUAUAACCAAAGUAGCAAGCACCAAAGAACUAGUAAAUGCUCGAUCGCGGUCUGUCUAAAGACCGCGGGGGCGGCAACUCGCCGCUCCACGCCAUGCCGUUGGCCACGGAGGAGCGGGCCAGCGUAUCCUGAGUAAAAACGUACCCACACCAGAGUUGUAAUGCAGAUUUGCAAAGACAGGAAGACUUGUAAUGCGCAUCCCCAUGAGAGCCAUGCUCAAUCGUGUUUUGGAAUUUGUGAUGCUGUGAACAGGAUGAGCAAAUGAAUCUGUGAUGCGGUUGCACUUGCUAACCUGCACUACACUGCAUAGCGCAACUUGUCAUGCGUGACUCACAAAGCUCCUAGGUUUGUGUUGCAAAAUCCCUAUCCUGACUCUGGUGUGGGUACGUUUUUACUCAGGAUACAGCGCGGCGAUGACCUACGUUCCCUGGUCCAAGCUGCACGGCGACUUUUCUCUGGAUCGCUACCGGCACGUGCUAGAAAACAAAAACCGGUUCCGCACGACCUCGAGCUUGAUGUCCUCCCAUCUUCUGAAAUCGACCAGCAGCGCAGGCAUGGACAAAACGUUCGGGGGGCACGACCAGUACUUUGACGGGUUCGACUGGGACCGGGGGGGCAAGGUGGGCCCCUACCACGUCCGCAGGUCCGACAUUCCGCCGCCCCGGACGUCCGUCAAUGCCUGUAUUGCACGCAAGAACUGCGACGAAAUUUUUAUUUUUCGCUUUUCUAUGAUAAUAGAUUUGAGUUUAUAAUUAAGUCGUACGUACGAGAAGUGCCCCAGUUGCAGCUGCUGUGUUCGGUCGUGCUGUCUUGCGGGCAUCUACUACAGUAAAAUUCCAAAUUUGUUUGCAGCACAGAAACGCCGUUUUCGAUGCGCGGUCUGUUUGAUGUAAUAGAUUGCCACUAGAUCAUCGUCAACAUGAAGAUAGUGAUCUUCGCCGAAUGUGUUGCGGAUCCCUUUUCGCCCAAGAUGAUGCAGUGUAGUGCACCGAAUUUAGUACUCUUUCCAAUGAACAGAUCCUCCAACGUUGCUUGAGCUCGGGGCGGAGGAAGCCGGGGAAGAUAAGAAGCCGCUCCGCCUUCCCACUCUGCACAACGUGGUGCCGAAAACGCUGCAAAAAUCGGCAUCCUGUGUGGCGAUGUUUCCGCACACGACCUUCCACGGGCGGUUUUCCACGCAGAGCACGUUUGUCGCCCCGGUGAGUAUGAACCCAAAAGUGGGCCGGGCCGUCAGCCAAAAAGGCUUCGUCGCGCCGGCCCAACUCGAGGGCGAGAAGCAGGUCAAGGCGACGCAGCGGUUGUGGCGCGAGUCUAGCACGGGGGACAUGUACUGGGCCCCGGCGGGGAAAAAAGACAAAGACAAAAAGAAGUGGGAUCCCUUUAACGACGAAGUUCCAGGUACAAUUUUCCACAUCUUUUCGAUUGAAAGAUUAGAUAUUAAAACUAUACUAGCUGCUAAAAAAGAUCCGCCUUUGCAUGCCUAUUGUUCGAGGACCACACGAAAAUUGACAUUGAGCUUCUGUGGUGUUGUAGUUCUUGCAGCUCACAACAUGAACUUGACAACGACUCAGGUAUGGCGUCCUCGGUGCGCGAGGGGGCAUCGAUAAAUUGGAAGAAUCCCGACGCGGAUGGCAAGAGCCUGUUUGCGAUGAAGUGCUGGAUGAACGAACGCAAGAUGGUGGAGUACCUCUACCUCCGGUACGGUCCGGACCUUCUCACUGUUGACCGCAAAGACCGCAACCUGUUCCACCACUGCGCGGAGGCGAACGCAUACGAAACCGCCACCUUCCUGCUGCGCAAGCUGGAGCAGCCGGGCAGCAAGUCCGUGUUACCCUUUUUGCUGCUCUCACCCGACGAAGACGGCAACACGCCACUGCACCUAGCGGCCGCCUCGGGGAGCAAGGUGGUCGCGGAGCUGUACCUCAAGGCGCACAGCUUCAAGGAGUUGCUUUUUUUGCGGAACGCGCGCGGAGAGUACCCCAAAGACACCGCGACGCGCCAUAACGCCUACCAUCUGCGGCAGCUGGUGGACCCCAACACCUACGUGCAGGAUCCGAAUUCCCUCGCAAACCGCAUGCGCAUGCGGCUCGAGAAGGUACGCAAGUGAAAAGCGCCCCGCCUCCAGAUAUGCCAAGUAUUUGCCGUGCAAAGUUUGAUGUUUCCCGGGGAAAAUUAAAAUUUGUUUCUUGUCUUGCAUAAAGGGACGAGAAGUGCGACAGUCGAGUUGGUGUGCAGCAGCUCUAGCGUGACACACAUUGCCGCAACUGCGCUAGUGUGCAGCACACAUUUAUUCGAAACUCUGAUGCUGCUACAUGCAGCGAAACAAAUCUUUGACGUUGCUACAUAGAGCGUGGCAAAUGUACUACUUAUCCACUCUGCUACAAUCAAUGCCGACGCUCUCAAGCAGAUCUGGGUGAAGGAUGGGCUUUUCAUUUGGAUAGCAGGACAGCGGCAACAACGAGGAGGACGGAGACAACGAGGAGGACGAAGAGGAGGAGGAGGAUAUCCCGUGUAACAACGUCCCCACAUCACCAUAGUUGUCAUGCAACUCUGCAUGCUUAAAAUGUUUCUCAUGCGCAGCCCCACGAGAAGCAUUUUCUAAUGCGGGUUUGAAAUUUGUCAUGCUCCAAUGAGCACGAGCUACUAGAUCUGUAAUGCUGCUGAACUAGCUCAAACACAACGACAACAGCACUACACUACGCGUCCAAAUUUGUCAUGCCAAACAACCACAGUUGUGUGAUUUGUCUAGCAGAUUUCCCAUGUUGACUCGGUGAUGUGGGGACGUUUUUACACAGGAUAGAGGACGCUGGCGCGGCCGGCGGCGACGACGACGACGAGGACGAAGAAGGCGGUGGCGGGGGCGCCCUGAAAACCAAAUUUAAGAACCUUCUGUCCCUCGACCGGCAGUGCAACCAGACCCGCGCGGCCGAGCUGAAAGCGGCCAAAAAGAAGGGCGGCAAGAAGGGCGGGAAAAAGAAGAAAAAGAAGUAG